AUGUCGCAAGCUGAGAAAGAACAGGCCGACAAACGAAAGGCAGAAGAAGAGAGUAUCGAGCGCGAGAGGGCGAGUGGCAACAAGCUCUGGAGCGCCUAUAUCUCCGAGGCGCAAAACUACGAUCAGGGUCUCCUCGAAGGCUGGCGCAGUGAGAUGGAUGGUAUGCUGAUCUUCGCCGGUCUCUUUUCGGGCGUUAUCACGACUUUCAUCAUUGAUAGUUACAAGACGCUCAACCCCGAUUCGGGGAGUCAGACUGUCGUACUCCUCAGCCAAACGGUUGCACUCCUUGGCCAGAUCUCGGUCCAGCUCGCGCACAUGAACAACGGAACUCUAACAACGGACGCAUUGCCUCCCGCCGCUGCCUUCUCGCCCCCGGUCUCCUCCCUGGUCUGCAACGUACUCUGGUUCACGAGCCUCGCACUCAGUUUGUCGAGCGCCCUUGUCGCGACUCUUGUCAAGCAGUGGGCCCAGGAGUAUCAGCACCGGACAUCGAUGUUCUCCUCCCCCUCUGUCCGUGCGCAUGUGUACAUGUAUCUCUUCCACGGCUUACAACGCUUCAAUAUGCACACCGUUGUUGGCGUUCCCCCGCUUCUCUUGCACGCUUCACUACUGCUGUUCUUUGCGGGUCUCGUUGCAUUUCUGGUGCCCAUCAACGUCAUCAUCAUGGGCAUGACAUGCGCUCUGCUGUUCUUGUUUGUCUCCGUCUACGGAACGUUCAGUGCACUCCCGCUGUUCUUGUUCGACUGUCCGUACCAGACGCCACUCACGCGAACCCUAUGGUCACUUAAUCAGAGCUGGGGAAGUGUGCUGAGGGCUUGUAUUCGAAGGACAGUGCCCGUUUGCGAGGCCGUCUUUCGAACGAGAAUCGCUGUGACAGACCCCGAGAAAGCCGCCAAAUUUCCUGUGACGAACGCCGAUGCCUCUGCCAACUGUCCGCAGUCCCAGAGCAUGGUCGACGCUGUGAGAUCAGAAGCACUACAUCCUCCUGUUAAGGUGGAGACGCACGCACUGGCGUGGACCGUCCGGUCUCUCUCUGUCGAUGAGGAGCUUGAGAAACUUGUGGAGGGGCUUCCCCAGACGCUGUGGGAUUUUGAUCAACACAAGCCUCGCAGCGUGUAUCAAGCCUUGUUCCAGGCCCUGUUGCGGGAUCCGGAAGUCCAUCUGGGCCAGCGUCUCGCUGAUUUCAUGGCUGGCUCCAACAGCAAUCUGCUCCAACACAAGGACCGCCUCCGCCGCCAGCUGUCCGUGCUCCGGGCCAUCUGGGCCAUCUGCGCGUUCUCUCUGCAAAGCGGGUCGCCUCUGCAAAGUCCGAUUGGAGAAGCUGACGUGGACAGUGUGCUGCUUGGCUCGAAAUUUCUUCAUGCCGACAAAGUGCAGAGCAUGGUCCACGAUGUGUCCGCUCUGAUCCGUCUGAACGUCAUUGAGUUUCGGAGCCAGGAACGGACCCUCACCCAGACAAGCGAUUCAGACGGUGACAUCCAUGCAGACGCGGAGAAGCAACGGCAAGGAGACAUGCAUCGCACGUACACGCAAUAUCUGCUGGCACUCUCCAAAUGCUCCGCCAGCUUCCAAAGGGAUGCAACCUGCUCACUCUUUGAUCAGUCACAAAUGCAUUUCACGGACGCAGAUGGCUACAAAACUCUGCGAGACGCUCUCCAUGAGCUGAUUGGCUCGGCGUUGGACAAGACAGCGGACGAUACAGCGGACAACGUCGUUUUUGCUGCUCGUCAGAUGAUCUGCCCGUUUGCCCAGAAAUCGGAGUAUCCUGAUUCCGAUUCGUCCCUGUCGCUGUGGGUUCUUGGGCCGUUCCUUGUCCGACAUCCGUCCCUCGCCGCCUUUGACCCAAAAUUCUGCUCACAGCAUCAUUACACCCGAUUCCUGUGCCAUAAGCUAUGCGAAAACUACAAGCACAUCGUUCUCGAUGUCGACGCCCUUCAGCUGAUUUAUCGGAAUUUGCUUGACUCUUGGCUGCCACCAACAGACCUCGAAACCCAUCUUCUGGUCCUCCGCACUCUGCAGAAUGAAACAGCCGACAUCCGCAUACACCGUUUGGCUGCCAUUGUCCAGUGCGUCGUGCUCAAAAGUUUCAGGUAUGAUACGCCGGAAUGGGAGCGAUUGCCGGGUAUCUUCAACGACGAGGACUGGUUCCAUUCCGUGCUCGACCUGGACAGGGAUGAGCCCACGGAGCGGGCAUCGCCACAGCAAAUUUACGACUGCGCACGUGUGGGUGUUUUCACUACUUUCUUUGAGCAGUGUACCACCCGGAGUCCAGAUCAAAAGGAGCGCGACCUGGACUUUGCAGCGCUCCAAUUGGUGGAACACCACACAGACAUGGACAUUGAUUCGGUGAUCCCGAUCAAACUGCAACGUCGAUUCGCCGACGCCGCGUCUGCAUUCAUCCCAAAUACCCAGAGAACUGUCUUGCGGAUGGGACUGGGCUCUUCUGGGUGCUUGACUGGGCCGUCGAUGACUGUGUCGGAGGUGCAGACGGACGACCAGCAGCAAGAACACCGGAACCAUGCUCAACGGAUCCGCAGAUACAUGCAGGAGCGGCUUCUUCUGCCCGAGGACAUUUUUGCUGCCUUUGUCUCACUCGUGAGUGACGGGGAAUGA